GUUGAGCCACAGCGUGGGGUUCAGUAAUUAAAUUAAUCUCUCUCAGGACAACCCCAUGGCAUCCCUCGCCGCCCAGCCCUCUCCGCCCUGGUGGGGGCAGCUCCGCGGCUUGCGGGUCCCGUCCCGAGGGCAGGAAGAGCCCCGGCGGGGCGGUGGGGGCUGUUGGGGCCGGGCAGGGGCUGCUGGGCAGGGGCUGCUGCCCGCGGGCAGCGCCUGCUCGUUCCCUUUAGUGAUGGUUGUGAAAUACUCGAGCCGGAGCGUUUUGCUCGGACGGGCUCGGCCCCUUCGUGCCGCCCCGAGGGGAAGCGGCUGCGGCGGCCGCUGAGCGAGUCGGGGCCGGGCAGCGGCGGGGUGGGACCCCGCGGGAGGGACUCGGGCCCCACCGGGGGGUCUGCAGGCAAGUGUCCGGCUGCCUGUGCGUCGCCACGGCCGCCCCCGCGGGUCCUCACCAGGUGCGUCCCGCCUGCCCCUAAAUCGUCCCUUCCCGGGACUUCCAGUGACCGGUAAAGAUUAAGUCCUUAAUUUUCUUGGCUGCAAACCCGGUAACGAAUCGCUCAGACUUUGUUAUUCUACUGCUCCCGAGGCUUGAUUUAUUGUGUCUCCGUUAUCGCACAAUCGUUGAAAAUGUUUUUCUGGGCUAAUUCUAUACUCCCGGUAUUUAUUUUGACUGUCCCUUCUCAUUAACGUUAUUAAUUUUUAAUCGCUCCCCGUUCACUUUUAAAUCAAAAUCACUGCUCUGCCCGCCCGGUCGUGCCUCAUACCCCCGUAUUUCCACCCCGCGUUUGGACCCACGCGUGUGGGUCGGUCCCCACGGGAGACGCCCGGGCAGCCACGACCCGCUGUCCCUCUCCCGGGAGACGCCCCCCCAGCCACGGGAACCUCCGGGGCCCAGAGCGGCGACCACGGAGCGGGGAGAAAGGACCCGCUUCUAACAUCUCCUCCGCUCCCAGCCCAGCGAUUGAAUUACUCUCCUCCAGCAAAACCCGUCACUUUAUCCUAAGAAAAACAGCGUGUACGGGGCGAGCGGCAGCGCGGCGGGUUCCCUGCGCCCGGCCCCCCGGUGCGGCGGGGACCGCACGGACCCGGGGGCGCCCCGCGGGCUCUGCCGGUGCCGCUCGGGGGGGAGGCGGGCGGGAGCGUGAGGCGAUGCCGCCCCCCGACAGCUCCGUGAUUAAUGACCCGCCCGUCCAGGAAGGGGCGGUCACUGCCGCCCGGGCUGGCGGGGAGAGCCCAGCGGGCAGGUGCGACCCGACCGUGCCGCACCCACCGGCCGCCUCGACUUAUAAGCGGCGCCGCGGGGCCGGACGCGCCGGGACGGGACGGGCAGAGCCGCUCCGGGCCGGAACGGCUCAGGAUUUAAUCUGAUGUAGAUGUGAAGCUCCUAAAGCCGAAACUUCUACUUCAAGGUGCGCCCAAGGAAAUGAGGUUUUGGGCUGGGCCAUCACAGGAACAGCAGCUCCCGACCCAAAGCCGGGAUCUGUCUGAGACACCCGCAGGGGCGGCCUGACUGGGGACCACAGGAUCAGGUACCGUCCCGGCCAAGAUGUGCUGCGCUUCGGGGAGUAUUGAUGGAAUUGCAUUUGGCUGUGGGACUGAAUGAAUUCUAGGCUAGGAAGUCACCCAUGGACUGUGGACACUUAGCCGAGAGCAGCCAGGAGAUCUCCAGCCCAGGCGCGGAGCCUGAUCCCCCGCCACCUUCUGCUGCCGGCGGCAGCUCCUGCUCGCCCUCGGUGCCCGGGCCGCGGGCUGGGGCCGCCCCGGGCCGACCCGCCGCCGCCAACGCCGCCCGCGAGCGCAGCCGGGUCCAAACCCUGCGCCAUGCCUUCCUCCAGCUGCAGAAGACUCUGCCCUCCGUGCCACCCGACACCAAGCUCUCCAAGCUGGAUGUGCUUCUCCUGGCCACCACAUACAUCGCGCACCUCACUCGCAGCCUUCAGGAUGAGGAAGAAUCGCCGGGAGAGGGCUUGGGGACCCUCCGAGGGGAUGGAUACCUCCACCCUGUCAAGAAGUGGCCAAUGCGUUCCAGGUUGUACAUUGGAGCUACGGGACAGUUUUUGACUCACUCGGCACAAGGAGACAGCGCAAACCAAGGAGAAACAUCGACAGCUUCGCAAAUUUAAUCUCCCUUCUCAAUUAUUAAAAGAAAAAGAAAGUUAUUUAUUACACCGUAUAUAUAUUUAAGUUAAAAAAUAAUAUCUACAGACAUACUGUAAUUCCUGAAAUACUGUUUGUAGAAGAGAAGGAGUUUAUUCUUAAAUGUAAUUAAUACCUCAUUAAGUUAAUGUGAUGUAUGGUUGGUUUCUGUCAUUGAGGACACUGCUGGGAUCUGCCCUGGGAGAGGAGGAGAAGGGGACUGUGGCGGGUGCCGCCAGGACAGUCACAGGAUGUCACCGUGUCACCAUGGGACCCGCCCUGGGAGAGCGGGGACAGGGAGCAGGUUGCAGCUCCUCCUGCCCGUGACCUCACACGUGCGCUGUUGCUCCUGAGAAGGCAGCUCUGUGUUCACCUCAAGUCAAAACGCGCUGAAAUCCGUGCUGGGUGCCACAGACACGACCUGCUCCGGGCAUUACACGUGGCUUAUAUCGAUCCGUGCGGUUGUGUUGCAUGUUAUAGGGUUGGAAGUGUGUUCAGUAUCGAGUUGUUUGUCUUGUCUUUUAGACGGGUUCUUGCCUUGAAGCAAAUGAGCCCAAAGAGUUGGCUUGUUCAUGGCACAUUUUCCACUUAAAUAUCUUCUAUAUUUAGGCAAGAAAAGACAAAACUAAAUGCACGAAUACCAUCUAAUGUAUCUGUUCUGUAAAACACCGUACUUCUUACAUAGUGUGUUGUUGCUGAGGUAAACAUUUUAUUAAAUAUUAUUUGGUGGACAUUUUAUCUUUACUGAUUUGCAAAA